AUGGCAGAAGACGAUAGUUCCAACCCGGAACUAAUUCCAACGGUGGAAUGGAUAGAGUCAGCCGGGAUCCAGGAGAGCCUAGAUGAGUUCUUCCAAACACCCUUUGCUCGAGACAUCGACAAAAAGAUAGAGGCUGCUAGGGUCAACCCCUUGCCCGAAGCCAAGAGCCGCAAGUUGAUCGGCAUCCUCGUGGAAGCAAUCCUUCUGCUCCUCGGUGUCAACCCUGACAGCUGCCCAGAAGCCACGGAAGAUUGUGUCAAACUCUGUGUCAAGAACAACAUCUUGAAGCAUCGCGCAUGGGGUGGCUUACCUUUUGUCCGGAAUCCCGAUCGCAUCAGUGCCAGGCUCCUCAACGAGCAGGCUUUGGCCACAAAGAUGCAGCUUGCAUUGCCAUUCCCCGAGGUUGGCAUGCUCAUGGUUGUCGCGUUGCUUCUAAAGCUCGAGAGAGGCUCCAAAAGCUCCACCUCUCGCGCCAUCAAGGAGCAUUUUCUUUUCGAGAGAGCUAAGUUGGCGGCCUUGGUCUACGAUCGGGAGUCCUGCAACGGCAUUUUUGCAAUCAACAAUUGCCCUGAGCGCUAUUCUUUCGCCGCACAGGAUGAUGACGACGCGCCAACCGUCGCGCCAACUACAACUUCAGGCCCAGAUGACGAAGGCAAGUGGUUGCGUUUUGGGGGAAUCGAAGGCAACAGAGAGAUCGUCAUCAAUGACAAUGACAACUCAACAGAUCAUUCGCCACGGAGUGGAAAGCGUUUGGCUGGCGAAACCCCCCAGAGCACCUUGAUCCAUCCAACUCCAGACGCCGAACGAGAAUCAACGGCGAAGCAGACCUCCAACAUACACGGCACCUCGCGGCCAAUCAUUCACACAGGUCCUUGGGAACCACGGCGCAUGAGGCACGAUGAUCCAUCCAUUCUCCCGUCGACAGCAGACAUUGUGCCAAGGGGAACCUCUCGCCAAGAGGAAACCCCAAGGGUCCAAGCUGCUCCUCCGUCCAUAACUGUCCAAUCUGACACGAGUCGUAACGGUAGCGACAUGGGCGUCUUGCCUGCUUGCGCCCGUGUGCUCGAUGACGGCAAACUCGUCAUGGAACCCGAGGCCGUUCAGGAGAUGUUCAACGCCUUCCGAGCAAUCAAGGGCGGCUUAGUCGAGUCCAAUAUCGAAGCCGCAGGAAAUGCAUACAAUCAGAUGAUAUUGGCCUUCCCAGAGAGUCUUCGGGAUGCCAUGGAGUUGAGCACGACUGGCGGGGACACUGUGGCCCAGGGCAAGUCGCAGACAUUGAGAGCUCGGAGAGUCAGUAGCAGGAUUGGCAGGAUCUCCAAGGCUCUUGAGGAGAUUGAUGAAAGGGUCGCGAGUAUACGUGCGUUGCUGUCACACGAACAUCAUGCCAUCGCAAAAUUGAAGCAGCUGCUCCAUUCCCUGGAGGAUGAAUUGGAGUAA